AAUCCUCUCUACCGCGCCACGUCCGCCGGGGGGAUACCUCACUUCUUACCGACGAGAAAAACCAGUCAUGACAUCAAUCUUCCUUCUGCCACCUCCGCACAUGAAGGUCGUGGUGCGGGUGCGUCCAAUGAUCCCCUCCGAGGCGAAGAAGGGAAGCACUUGCUGCGUCAAGGUUGUUCGAGCAUCAUCGUGCAAACCGCACCAGGUUCAAGUCGACGAUCACCUCUUUGAUGUGGACCUCGUAUACGACGAACGACUGAACCAGCGCGACUUGUUCCACAAGGAGUUUGCCAACUUGAUUCCUACGGUCUUUGAUGGCACCAACGUCACCGUGUUUGCAUCUGGUGCUAGCGGCAGUGGCAAAACGCAUACGAUGGAAGGGACAGCGAAGAACCCAGGCGUCGUGCCGCGCACCAUGCAGAAAGUGUUUCAAUUCGGACAACAACAGGUCGCUACGUAUCGCGUGGAAAUGUCGUUUGUUGAGAUCCACAACGACAAAGUGAUGGACUUUCUCGCCGCCACGACCACCAAACUGCACCAAGACGAAUUAUCUCUAUCGACGUCUGCAUCUGGUCGUGUGGUCGUCGAUGGCUUGAUCACUCGACACAUUGCAUCCUUUGCCGACUUCGAGGCGUUGUACGAACGAGCGUGCAAAUUUCGGCGCAAGGGGGCCGCCACGUAUCAUGCAAAAAGCAGCCGCAGCCACAGCCUUCUCCACGUGCGCGUGGAAUCCCGCGGGUUCGACGGCCUUGUGCGCGUGGGCCAUCUGCACCUCAUCGAUCUCGCCGGCCAUGACGACAUUUGUCCGACCGUGCAAGAGUCCGCGUCCAUGAUGCUCGACAUGCAACCCCUCGACGAGAGCCCCGUCGCGCGGUUGUUAGCCGACAGCGUUGCCCAUUCGUCCAUUGCCGUCAUGGUGUGCACCAUCUCCCCCGCCUCUGUCGUGGUCAAGGACACGUUGGAAGCGUUGCAGUGCGCCGCCAAACAGAGGCAUGUUGUCGUCGCGUCGCCGACCGCUGCCCCUGUCCUCUCACCAUCAGGCUCAUCUUCUUCGUCGAUUUCUUCGCCAAGGUUAUCGUGUUCGUCCUUGGAACUGACCCCCAAGACCAGACCUGCCGCAACGCCAUCUAUGGACACUGCCGCGCCGUGCGCCAAGCGACGUCGCGACGAUGCUAUUUCGACUCGGUCGAGGGCAUCCAUGAAGCGAUUCCGAUUGCAUGAAGAGUCAUCGUCGUCGUCAUCGUCAUCAUGUGUAGUCAUGGAUGCUACUCCGUCGUCGCGGGAUCGAACAGCGGCUACGCGUCGGCUCCAACCCCUUGCAGGCAGUCGUGUUGUUCCUGGUCGUGCAUUUUUACGUCAGCCCCCGCCAGUAGAGAAGGAAGGCAUCAAGCACUUGCUGACGAUGGCGGUGGACUUUGAAAAACGGGGCAAGGCUCGACCUGCCUUGGCCUUGUACAGGCAAGCCACGCUGCUGUUGGACACCCCCAACGAGAAGCUCCAGGCGCGGAUGCAAGCCCUAGCGGCCGCCAUGUCCACGCCCGAGUCCGAAGUCGACGGAUCCAAGCGCCCGCUGCAUGCGACCGUGCAGCGUAUUUUGGAGGAGGACAUCCUCCACACGUUCAACCACGGAUCGAUGGCGGCUUUGAUGGCGCUUCAAAGCAUCGGCGAGAAGAAAGCGGCCAAGAUCAUCAAAGGGCGGGAAAACCGAGUCCACUUCACGUCCAUCCGAGACCUCAUGAACGUGGGCAUGGGCGAGAAGCAAGUCGUGCGUUUUCAGCAGCUGAACGUCGCGGCCCGGUUGAGUUCGUUGUAAAGUACAUGAGAUAAACACAACAAAUGCGUGUAUACGUCAUCUCACGGG